AUGAAGCUUCCCAAGGUAUUAGCCUUAUUCACGGGCUUUUCCUUUGCGGCAACUCUGAAUAUUCAACAAGACAUUCAAAGCGCAACCGUCGAGCAACCACCUGCUCCGUCUGAGCAGCCCCCUAUCGCGCAGAAUGAAGCUUCUGUACCACCAGGCGCUGGAAAAGAAACAUCCGGUGCACCCAUCGAAAAAACUGCAACCGAAGUCCCAGAAGAAAAAUCGGUGGUACCCAUUGAACUGCCUCCCAUUCCGGACAACAAGACAGCUGUGCCACCUCUGGUCUUGAGGGCGAGCGGGGAAAUUGCCCUUGAGAGAGACAGGGACGGCACUCUUGAUAUAGUCCCAGAUACCAUUGGCCUGAACGUUCUUGAGCUCGUUGGCGACCCGGAUGCACCCAACUCAUCGGCCCUGGAGACUCCAACUGCCGUCAGCUCAUCCGCUCCUGAGACCUCAAGUGUCAUCAACUCACCCGCUCUCGAGGCACGGGGCGCCGUUGGCUCUUCUGCGCCUGAGAACCGUCUCCGACGUCGUGGCAAACCAGAUGGUCAGCGCGAAGAUAUACCCGCCUCAAAGGCCGCCACCAAGAAAGACAAGGGCACUACCGAGUCUGGAGUCUUCUUCCGCGGCGACUCCCGGGCCCCUGACGAGGUAUUCAAGUCGGGCUUCCAGCCACAGGGCAGAGACAUGGACCUGCAGCGCCAUCUGAGCUUGAGCGGGGGCUCGGGCUACGUCUCACUGUCGCGAUCCAGCGCCUCGGCCAGGCCCUAUGCAUUUGGUCGAACCGGGGAAAAGAAGGAAAAGGGCUAUCUCUACCUCGUUGCCCCGAAUAACGUGCCGAACGGGUACUAUCUCCCGGAAGUUUUCUCCAAAGACGGGGCGGUUCGGGGGAACCGGGAGUUUGCAGUGGCUGGUGCCAUCCCUCCCUCGGCCAUCUCCGGGGCCUACGAGCUCGACAGCAAGGACCCCAAAGCAAAGCCCCAAUGGAAGGCGAACGGAAGCUAUGGGUUUAAGAAGCUUCCGUGCUCGGGUAAGAAGAGGGAACUAUGCGAACUGACUCGGAAUCCCGAUGCCGGGGCCGAUGCCGGAGUCGAGGACGAGGAACGGGGGAAGAAGAAAGAAGGCGAGCCAGGCGCAAAGGAAGACGAGCACGGCGGGAAGAAAAAGACGGGCAAGGGCAAGACGAUUAGCAACAAAAUCAGCCAGAACCGGUUCUUGCUAUGGAUCUCGGAGAGCAGCCCUGAGGCGUUCAAGCCGCUCAUCGAGGCCAUCAAGGAGGGCGGCAUCUCGGUGCAAGACUACGAGCUGGCCUUUAAGCGCGCCCUCUCGCAGGCGGUGGAGACGCGGUACACAGACUUCAGCUCAUGGGGAUCGGCGGCCGAGACGCUCUUGAACAUUGUCACGGACGUUUUCCAGUCGGCGCGGCUGGCGACGCCGCCCGGGUUCUGGGAAGAGGCCAUCAAGAACCUGCCGGCGGUGGCUCGAGAGAUCAGCAAGGCCCAGACGGCCGAGGAGAAGAUGGAGAUUGCCAACCGGGACAUUCACCCGGUGGUCAAGGCCUGGUCUUUUACGCCAAUGGGGCUGAUCAACGAGAGCCUGAUGAAGGAGGCGGCCAACCAGGCGCCCGUGGUGCAGGGCGUUGCGGCGACGGCGAAUAGCUUCUGGUCUUAUACGCCGUUUGGGUGGAUUGUCAACCAGAUUUUCCCGAUUGAGACGUUGAUCAGGCAGAAUAUCGAUUUUCGAUGA